AUGGUCCCAAAAAACUCUUUACCAUACAUUCUCGAUAACUUCUUCUUGAGAGACGAUACCCUCACUGUGAUUGACUGUCAUUGGAGAAAGCUCGGACUUUUCCCCAUAAUUUUUAACGUUCUUUUCUUUAUCCGAUUAUUUUACCCAUGGCUCAGAGUUUUGGUAUUAGAGCAUUCAGCAUUGAUAGUUUCUGUGGCAGGAUCAUAA